UCACAAUACACCUCAGAUUGUCGACCCGCACGUGAGGUAUCGCCAGUUCACACGAUGUCCCACACUGGCGGAGGGAGCUCUCCCAGCUUGCCUUGUGGAGCGUGUACAUCUCUACGACGGAAGUGCACGGCCGAGUGCGUAUUCGCACCUUAUUUUCCUGCAGAUGAGGCUUUGAAGGUUGCAUAUGUGCAAAGAAAUUUCGAACCCAGCAAUGUCACCAAGAUAAUGCACGACUUGCCAGAAUCGAGCCGAGCAGAUGAGGUGACUUCGUUGGCUUUCGAGGCCGAGGCGAGAAUGAAGGAUCUGGCCGUUUCGUUAACGCAGAGAAGAAUUGUGGAGUUGCAAGGAGAAAUUGCGGAACUGAUGGAGCAAGUAAAGUAUUUCGAGGAGAAGAAGCGCAUGAGACUGACUCAGGGGCCAAGUGGUACCCCCAAUUCCUCUUAGUUAGUAAUCUAGUUGCCAGGAUGGUUACAGCAUGCGAAGGGUUUCGUUUUCUGACAUGUUUUGUGUGUAAUUAGUCAAUCCGUAGUAGCACGUUGCAGACUGCAGUGGAUCUCAGAUAUAUAGUAGCCCUAUUAUUGAAGUCAUCUUUGCAUCGCAGUCACCCGUGUGGCCUCCCGCUGCCUUCGUGUCAAGCGCAACCCUGAGUUCACUCAUGAGGGAACAGUUAUUCGGGUGCUUCUAAACCGUUGGGUACUUCUAGAAUGUACAUAUCUGACGCUACUUGUGAGGGGCUCAACUGGAGGUGCUCAGCUGGAGAAAACCUGAGCGAGACUCAAAAGCAAAGCUCCAGCGUGAAAAAUGAUGUAUCUGUAAAUUUGCAGUGAAAAUGUUUGUACAGACAGACUCGAUAUCAGUAGAGUUCGUCGAAUGGGAGAUGAUACAUGCUGGCAAGAGGAAGUUAUGGUGCC